CAGCUUCAGACUUCAGCAGCCAAACCCAAACUCAAAGCUCCCAAAGAAAAUAAAAAAUAAAAAUAAAAAUAAAAAAGAAAAAGGAAAAUCCUUUUACUUGCUUCUAUAAAACCCUCAUUUUCUCUCUCUAAAAAAACCUUUCUUUCUCUCAUCUGAGUUCUUGUCUUUGUAUUUAUUAAUCAUAAGUUUUAUGAUCUCUUUUUAGACCUCCAUUUUCCCUUUUAAUGGAUCUGCCACUUCCCCUUCUCUCUUGACUACUUCCUCUUAAAAAGUGGUUUCUUUUAUUGAUAUUCCUAAUUUCCUGUUUGGGUUGUGAGGAUUUUUUUUUAAAAUUUUCUGGGUAAAAGGAGAAAUGAAGGUACCUUGUUGUUCGGUUUGCCAAACUCGGUACAACGAGGAAGAGAGAGUUCCUUUGUUGCUUCAAUGUGGCCAUGGGUUUUGCAAGGAGUGUCUUUCCAAAAUGUUUUCGGCUUCACUGGAUACUUCUCUGCCGUGUCCCCGAUGCCGCCACGUGUCCCUUGUCGGUAACUCGGUCCAGGCUUUGAAGAAGAAUUAUGGGAUUUUAGCUCUUCUUGACUCGAACUCCAACUCAGGGUCGAAUUUGAGAAACGAUUUCGAUUGCGAUUACACGGAUGAUGAAGAAGAUGAUGAUGAAGAAAGAGAGGAUGAUGAUGAAAAUGGGGAUUUUUUCGAUGACUUGGCAGGUGGCCGGAUUAACCGUGGAUCACAUGCUUCGAGUUCCGGUGGUGCUGCCGGAUGUGGGCCGGUGAUCGAACUGUCAGCUCAUCCGGGACUAAAGUUGGUUAGGAAGAUAGAAGGGAAAGGGGAAGGAAAAGGAGGGAGAGCGGGAGUGGAAACGUGGGCAGCGGUGAUUAGUGGGGCCCAAGGCGGGCCAGGAGGAAGCCGGUGUAAGCAUAAGGUGGCGGUGAAGAAAGUUGGGGCAAUGGAAGGGAUGGAUGGGGAAUGGGUGCAAGGUCAACUUGACAGUUUAAGGCGUGCAUCAAUGUGGUGUAGGAAUGUUUGUACUUUCCAUGGAGUUGUUAGGUUGGAAGAUGGUAGUUUGGGGAUUGUUAUGGAUAGGUGUCACGGCUCGAUUCAAUCUGCAAUGUUGAACAAUGAAGGGAGACUUACUUUGGAGCAAGUUCUAAGAUAUGGAGCAGACAUUACACGAGGGGUGGCAGAACUUCAUGCGGCAGGUGUUGUUUGUAUGAAUAUAAAACCAUCUAAUCUUCUUUUGGAUGCAAGUGGUCAUGCUGUUGUUUCUGAUUAUGGACUUGCUGCAAUUCUGAAGAAACCUGCUUGCCGAAAAGCUCGAACUGAAUGUGAUUCCUCAAAGAUUCAUUCGUGCAUGGAUUGCACAAUGCUCAGCCCGCAUUACACUGCCCCAGAGGCAUGGGAGCCUGUAAAGAAGUCACUUAAUCUGUUCUGGGAUGAUGCAAUUGGCAUAUCUGCAGAAUCAGAUGCCUGGAGUUUUGGUUGUACAUUGGUGGAAAUGUGCACUGGUUCCAUCCCUUGGGCAGGUCUGAGUGCAGAUGAAAUCUAUCGAACUGUUGUUAAGGCUCGGAAAUUGCCGCCACAAUAUGCAAGUGUAGUAGGUGUAGGAUUACCUAGGGAAUUGUGGAAGAUGAUUGGUGACUGCCUGCAGUUCAAGCCAUCAAAAAGACCAACAUUUAAUGCGAUGUUGGCAAUAUUCCUCCGUCAUUUGCAAGAGAUACCACGCAGCCCUCCUGCAAGCCCUGAUAAUGGCUUUGCCAAAUUUCCUGGGUCAAAUGCAGUGGAGCUGCCACCCAUGUCUGAUUUGGAGGUUUUACCUGAAAAUCCUAACCAUCUGCAUCGGCUUGUUUCUGAGGGAGAUGUGGGUGGCGUGAGAGAUUUUCUUGCAAAGGCUUCUUAUGGACAGAGCGGCAGCUCAAUUUCUUCACUUUUAGAAGCACAGAAUGCUGAUGGGCAAACUGCUCUCCACUUGGCCUGUAGACGAGGUAGUGCUGAACUUGUUGAGACAAUAUUGGAGUAUACAGAGGCAAAUGUGGAUGUUUUGGAUAAGGAUGGGGAUCCCCCUCUUGUUUUUGCUUUAGCAGCUGGAUCCCCAGAGUGUGUCCUUGCUCUCAUUAGGAGAGGUGCUGAUGUUCAAUCCAGGUUGAGGGAUGGCUUUGGUCCAUCUGCUGCCCAUGUUUGUGCCUACCAUGGUCAACCCAACUGCAUGCGUGAGUUGCUAUUGGCGGGAGCUGACCCUAAUGCAGUGGAUGAUGAAGGUGAAUCUGUGCUUCAUAGAGCUGUGGCCAAGAAGUAUACAGAAUCCGCCCUUGUCAUAUUGGAAAAUGGAGGCUGUAGAUCAAUGGCUUUUUUGAAUUCAAAAAAUCUGACACCAUUGCAUUUGUGUGUGGCAACAUGGAAUGUGGCUGUUGUCAAAAGGUGGGUGGAAGUUGCACCUCCAGAAGAAAUUGCUGAUACAAUUGAUAUUCCCAGUCCUGUUGGUACUGCUUUGUGCAUGGCAGCUGCUCUAAAGAAAGAUCACGAAAUAGAGGGUAGGGAACUGGUGCGAAUAUUGCUUGCGGCUGGGGCAGAUUCCACUGCCCAAGAUGCUCAACAUGGGAGAACAGCAUUGCAUACAGCUGCUAUGGCUAAUGAUGUUGAUUUGGUAAAAAUAAUUCUUGAUGCUGGAGUGGAUGUGAACAUCAGAAAUGUGCACAAUACAACACCCUUACACGUAGCUUUGGCCAGAGGGGCAACAUCAUGUGUUGGGCUGCUUUUAUCUGCUGGGGCAGAUUGUAAUUUGCAGGGUGAUGAAGGUGAUAAUGCUUUCCAUAUAGCAGCAGAUACUGGAAAAAUGAUACGUGAAAAUCUUGAAUGGCUCAUAGUUAUGGUGAGAAAUCCUGAUGCUGCUGUUGAGGUUAGAAAUCACAGUGGUAAGACAUUACGUGACUUUUUAGAGACACUUCCCCGUGAAUGGAUUUCUGAAGAUCUAAUGGAGGCACUAACAAAUAGGGGAGUUCAUCUGUCCCCUACAAUAUUUGAAGUGGGUGAUUGGGUGAAGUUCCGACGGAGAAUCAGUACACCUACAUAUGGGUGGCAAGGUGCCAGGCAUAAAAGUGUUGGCUUUGUGCAAAAUGUGGUGGAUAGAGACAAUCUUAUUGUGUCAUUUUGCUCUGGAGAGGCUCGUGUGUUGGUAAAUGAAGUUGUGAAAGUGAUUCCUUUGGAUAGAGGGCAGCAUGUUAAGCUUAGAGAAGAUGUCAAGGAGCCAAGGUUUGGCUGGCGUGGUCAAUCACGGGACAGCAUUGGAACUGUUUUAUGUGUUGAUGAUGAUGGGAUUUUGCGUGUUGGCUUUCCUGGAGCUUCUAGAGGAUGGAAAGCUGAUCCUGCAGAAAUGGAAAGAGUUGAAGAAUUCAAGGUUGGGGAUUGGGUUCGUAUUCGUCCUACUCUUACAACGGCAAAGCAUGGAUUAGGAUCUGUAACACCUGGGAGCAUCGGUAUAGUAUAUUGUAUUAGACCAGAUAGUAGUCUAUUGUUGGACUUGAGCUAUCUUCCAAACCCUUGGCAUUGUGAACCAGAGGAGGUUGAGCCUGUUACUCCAUUCAGGAUUGGUGACCGGGUGUGUGUGAAGCGAUCUGUCGCAGAACCGCGAUAUGCUUGGGGUGGUGAGACCCAUCACAGUGUUGGAAGAAUUAGUGAGAUAGAGACUGAUGGGCUUCUUAUGAUUGAAAUACCUAAUCGACCAAUCCCAUGGCAGGCUGAUCCCUCUGACAUGGAAAAGGUUGAGGAUUUCAAGGUUGGCGAUUGGGUUAGAGUAAAAGCUUCAGUAUCCUCUCCAAAAUAUGGAUGGGAGGACAUUAAUCGCAACAGUAUUGGUAUAAUUCAUAGCUUAGAGGAGGAUGGUGAUAUGGGUAUUGCUUUCUGCUUCAGAAGCAAGCCUUUUAUUUGCUCUGUCACUGAUGUAGAGAAAGUGCCUCCUUUUGAAGUGGGACAAGAGGUUCAUGUUAUGCCAUCUGUCAGUCAGCCCCGACUUGGAUGGUCAAAUGAAACUCCAGCAACUGUUGGAAAAAUUGUGCGAAUUGACAUGGAUGGAGCUUUAAAUGUAAGCAUGCCACUCAUCUUUGAGCGCAACCCUUUUUUUUCUAUCCAUUUCCUUUUAUCUGGAAGCAAAUAAGCUGGUCUCAUGUUAUUUGAUGUCCUUCAUUCUGG